CUUUGAUAUCCUUCCGUUGUCGUUAAAACAAUUACAACAAUGGAUGUGCUACAAGGUGAUGAAGAACUCCAUUGUUUCACUACUACAGAAAGUGUUUCUGAUAAUACACAUGAUACCAAGAAAUCUUGCAACAAACGUAAACAAUCUAAGAUAACUGACCAAUUUCCAGUGAGCAAGCGGAAAUUUGACAGAUUUAAUGGGAUGCCGGAGGAGGAAGUACUCAAACGUGGUCUUCCUGACCACUUGAAAGAAGGUUUAGAUAUCGUCUUUGUCGGUAUCAACCCCGGGCUGGCUGCUGCUUAUACAGGGCAUUAUUAUACAGGCCCUGGGAAUCAUUUUUGGAGCUGUUUGUAUUUGUCUGGAUUCGUUGAGACGAAAAUGAACUCUAAUGACGAUGUUAAAAUGAUGGAUUAUGGGAUUGGAUUCACAAACAUGGUUGCUAGGACGACGAAAGGUAGCAACGAUUUGAGCAAAGCGGAAAUAGCGGAAGGCGGGAAGAUUUUGACGGAGAAAUUGAAAUUAUUUAAACCGAAAAUUGUUGUUUUUAACGGUAAAAUUAGUUAUGAAAUUUAUUCCAAGCAAAAGAAGUUUCAGUUUGGACUGCAAAAAAAAAUGGUGGAAGACACGAAGACAAGAAUUUGGGUGAUGCCUUCUUCAAGCGCUCGAUGUGCGCAGUUGCCGAGGGCUGUCGACAAAGUGCCAUUUUUUGAAGCCUUGAGAAGAUAUAGAGAUUAUUUAAAUGGGGAAUUCCUAGAGGGAACAAUUGAUGAAAGUGAAUUUGUGUUUUCUGAUCUGAAACUGAAAGGCUUCCCCAGAAAAAAAACUGUAGAAUGAAUUUUUUAGUUGGAGAUUUGAUGAAGUGUAUUUAAUUUGCUAGAGGCUGCGAAAAUUUAUUAGGCAUUCAUAGGCAACUCUUACGUCUAGGUACACGUAUUUUAGGUGUAUAUAAGCCCACUUAAAUUAUUUGCUGUCAGUAAGCUUAAAAUAUGAAAUGCUUUUAUACCCCUCUAUAGAAAUACGAGUAAAUUAUAAAAAAUUCCUAAGUUAUUAAAUUGUGGGAAGUUGGUGUGUUAUAGAUUUCUAAAGUGAAAAAAUGGGAUAUCUAGUAUGAAGUAUAUAUCAAUAUUGUGAAGUCUUACAUACUGUGAAAGCAGUGAUUUUGUUGACAAAGAUACGCCACUCCUACAUCGCUUUCCCUAAAUUUUACGACUAUCUAAAUUAAAUUAUUUAUUGUGUGUAUAUUACUUUGAUAACAGUUAUUUAUUCUUUUUAUUUGUAUUGACGCAAUUUUAAAAUUAUGUAACUUUAACAUGUACAUAUGUAACAAGAUGCAGAUUGUGAUGCUGUUAAAUUAAUGAUUUGGUUUGGAGUGAAUUUAGUGACUAACUAAAAUUCUGAGUGCAGAUUAAUUUUUGGGAAGCGUAUACAGAUUCUCGUUAAGUGGGACAUUCAAGGGACGGAGAAUAAAUGUACUACUUGGCGGGCGUCCUACUUAAGCGAAUAAGUAGGAUACAAAAUUUGUACAAAAACUUGGAAAAACUCCCAACUUCCCAACCUCUCUAUAACUCGAACGGUUUCCGAUUCCCCGUGGCUAUUCGAGUUAUAGAGAGUCCACUGUGUAUAUAAUGGGCGUCCUACUUAUCCGCGGUCCCACUUAACGAGAGUAUACUGUGUUUUGCUAGAUUUGGCGGAGAUUUCAUUUCGUAGGUAAUUUCUGUGGUGUUGAUUCAUAUUUGCUAAUGAAAAAGCUGAAAAUACAAUUAUAUAUUAUGAAGCGCAAUCCACUCAACCAAGAUUGUUCUUGAGUUUUGAAAGGAAUCAACGUGGAUUUAAUUUUGAAGUUUACGUAAAAAUCGUCCGCAAAAAUUUAGCUGUCACUUUAAAAUUUGUUAAUUCGCCAAAAUUUCAUUAAGUAUUUUUGCGUUAUUUUUUUAUGUGUUUAUUCUUUAAAUUAAUUUAUAUUGAUAAUUUGUAUUUAUAAUAGAUUUUUAUUCAUCCGUAACACGAAGAUUGGUUUCUGUCACGUACGCUUGUACGUGACCGAAAAUAACUAAAAGUUCAUAUCAAGAAAAA